AUCGCAUCAACCGUUGUCGCUUCUCUUCAUCUUGGCAAGUCUCAUUGGGGCUGCGAACUGAAUCCUCAUCUGCUCGUACCGCCUCACGUCAUUCUCAGACACAGACGGCCGCACCCUGCCCAUCGCACUCUCAAAGUGACGCCAACACACACGCACAUCUACCAAACCCAACACAUCACCAAGCCCAGUGCUCGCCUUCCCCCUUUCCACAGGAAGCACCUCACUCAAAGAGACCCACCGCACCCCCAGCUGCUGCAUUUCCUCUCGAGAGCACGUGUUUGUGCCGCCUAUGAGACUGCUGAGGGCUGACGUUUCGAUACUGGUCAUCAGAAAGUCCCCCGCGCCUUGGUUGUCGCGCCACAGCUGCAGGGGAGGGGGGGCUGACGUGUGCCGGCGGUGGAGGGGUGGUGUGAUGGGCGCAUCGUGGUGGGCGGGGGAGGGGGGGAACACCAGCUCCACGCUAUGGCAGCCAUGGCUGCCUUCACCCGGCUGUGGCACUUUGGCUUCCAGCGUGGCACUAUCGGCCCUCAGCGCUUUGACGAAGUCCUGCACGGCCGAUACCGACACGCCAAGUGACUCUGAGACGAUUGAAAAGAUACGAUAAGACGUGCACAAUGGGAAAGGGGGUCACAUCCAACACAUGCUGACAUACCGGCGAGUCGCUGGAUGAGUGCUGUCCGUUCCUUGAUGGCCAGCAUGAAGGCCUCGCUGCACAAAGCACGACAGUCCGCACCUGAGUGACCACACGCACACACAUGUGUCGCACUACACAUGCCCGUCGGCUCAGCUCCUCUGCGCGUGUCGUGUGGUUCGCUCGUGGGCUUCUGCCCACCAGUGAAGGUCGCAGGAACGCUCCUGGCCAGCCUCUCGAUAAGCGGGGAGCUGGUGCUGAUGCCGCUGGCGGUGACACUGGACGGGCCAGGCUCGGUGUCGUCAACCUCCUGCAGUCGGAACUUGCGAAGUAGGGCUGUGAGUAGGGGCCGCUUAUCAUCGGGUAUGCCCAGGUACACCUGACGGUCCAACCUGAAUCACACACACACGCAGACCAACAGAUGGAAGCUGACGUGUGUGUGGGGUGGGUGGGGGGAUGUCUUGGUCCCUCGCGCACCUGCCAGGUCUCAGGAGAGCCCCAUCCAGGAGGUCGGGGCGGUUCGUGGCACCUAUCAGGAACACCUGUAGACGGCCGGCAACAGGACAGCACUCAACAACCCUUUGGUGCAGUGUAUGUGUGUGUGUGUACAUGUGUGUACCGUGGGUGAUGUGCCGUCCAGCUCAGUGAGUAGCUGUGAGACGACUCUGUCCAUGACGCCUCCCGAGUCAGCGCCCCGGCCACGGGCGGGGGCCAGGGAGUCCAACUCGUCGAAAAAGACCACACACGGCGCCAUCUCACGAGCCUGCAUACGACAGACAAGCAGAGGCAAAUUCUGAUCGGCCUGUCUGUCUGUCUGUCUGUCUGAUCGGUCUCUCUGUCCGGGCAGUGUGUGUCUGUUCCCUCAUUGACCUACCUGUUUGAAUAUCUCUCGCACGUUGCGCUCGCUCUCACCGAUGUACCUGACGAAGGCAGCAGACGGCGGCAAGUGUCAGCUGGCCAUACCAAUGAAUGCAUUCAUUUGCUGCACUGCACCCCCCCACAUGUUGAGCAGCUCCGGUCCCUUGACGGAUAUGAAGUUGGCCCCACACUCAUUGGCCACCGCCUUGGCCAGCAACGUCUUGCCUAAACACGCAUACACACACACACAUACACACAGAUCCAUGUCCACUCACGUGUACGUGCGAGGGGAGUGCUUCCCAGGCUGACAGGCAGACAGGCUGACCUGUUCCCGGCGGCCCGUAGAGCAGCACGCCAGACCGCAGCUUGUUCGAUGGACCCCUCAUACCUCUACCUCUCCCUAGUGCAGCGGUUUGUAGUGGCAGGCUGAUGCAGUCCAUGAGCUCCGUCUUGGCCCCCUCCAGCCCGCCCACGUCGGCCCACCGCACCACUGGCACCGACGACAGCGCCACAGCCUCAUCUACACGACACAAGACACACAGUACAUACUACACAGCAAAUGGACUUCUCUCCUGCUUUGCGUACCUCCGCCCUCGUUUCUGCGCAUCUGCUUGACAAUGCCUCGCAGUCGGCCUUCUUCUGUGGAAUCAUCGCCAGACGAUGGCGUCCCAGCAGCAGCGGCGGCAGCAGCGGAGAACACGCGAAGGUGCGAGUAACUGAGACCCGUCGUCAGCCUGGAUGAAGGGGGGCAGUCAGGGAGUGUCAUGGGGCACAAGGAUGCUGUCUCUCUGUGUGUGCCUGUGUCGACCUGGCCAUGAGUUUUGCCUUGUCCCGUGAAUCGUCCUGCGCCCCAAGAAGUCGGUGGCAGGCCUCCGCUCGCGAGGCGUCAUCGGGCGGCGGCACACGGAUGUCCGUGGCGAAGAGGGAUGUCACAUGACCGCCGAGGUCCUCCUUCUCCUCACACAAUGCCUGACGACCGAGAGACCAAACAUACACCCGACAUCAUACAGUCUGUUUGCUGUCUUUGCAACAAUACCACUAGGAUGACUGCGCUUGGUUCGCCGUGAGCAAGAGACUGGCUUGGUGUCGUCGCGUCUGCACUGGCGGCGGAACUCACUGGUGCCGUCAGGAAGUCGCUGAUGGCAGUGGCAACCCGCCGCUGAUGGAUCGAACAACGCGAAAUGACACGACACAUAAACACGUGGCUGUUGUGCUGGCUUACUUACCUGCAGCUGUGUCUUGAGGGUGGGGUUGUGCUGUGCUGCGUGAGAGCGCAUGAGGACGUCAAAGUGCCUCACGGCCACCACCAAAGGCCACCUGUCCAUGUGGUCGGCAAGGGCGCGGCCCAUGGGGCCCGCCAGAGGUUUGCUGUCGCCCUUAUCCCUCGCACCCUGUGCUGCGGAAGGGGCAGCUGGAGACAACCUGACGAUAUGCACAGGCAGACAGGGCUCAGAGGUGUGUAAGUAAUGGACGUGACGUGUGUGCAACGAAGAGCUCACUGGUAUCCGUCGAUCUCGGUGUGAUGGCACCCCAGUCGGUCGGCAGCCCAACGAAUCACCCAACGCUUCCCGCAACUGAUCACGUGACACAUACUCAUGUGACGUGUCUGCGAGCGAACGGUGUCUGUGAAGUUGCCCCACUCAUUUACUUACCCUUUCGGCCCAUGCACGAGCAGAGCUGCCCUGGAUGGCCCAGCCGAAGCGGCGGCCUUGCCGAGAUGGCCCCUCAGCCACCCAAUCAACCUGACACAAGGUGAACACUCUCUGGCUUGCCUUGCAGUUGCCCACUAGCCGACUCACUUGUGCAGAGGCCCCUGGAGGGACGGCAGGGGCGGCAGCGGGACAGAGAAGCCGUAGUGGUACACCUGACGCCAAACGCCACCCACAAUGACCUUCAUUCAGGUCAUGCUGUGUGUGUCACCAGCUUACAUACCAUCAGUGGUGUCCGCAGCGCGUUGCACUCGCCCCGCAGCACCAAACGUGUCGAGCCGGGAUCGAUGCACAACACAGCCACGUCAGCGUGCCGGUCGCCCUCACCGUCAUUCUCUCCCCGGCCCCUACUGAGUGUGUCGACCCGAUAGAAGGCCAUGUGGGGUGCUGUGAAGGCAAAGUCACUCAGACGGUCUUGGGAUGCACCGCCAGCAGUAGAGGUGGGGGGGUAGACGCUCGCUGCACUUAGCUGGCCGACGCCAUUCUCGAGAGGCCUUUGAGAAUCUGAUCCCUCGGCGGUCCUUUCGAUCAGUAGGAGUCGGUCCAUCUGCUCAGCUGUGGCGGGCAGCCCGAUCACCUCACCCAUCGCAGCCACACGCGGGACGUCGAAGAAGCGCCUCAGCAGCGCCUCCUCGUCAGUGUCGCCGUCUUCGGCGUCGAACAAGUCGCCAUGGCCGCUGCCCUUGACCUGCUCAAGGGGAUGGAGAAAAGAAAAUCAUGAUGGUUCUUCGAUGGAUGGAUGGAUGGAUGGAUGAGAUCGAUCGUCACCUUGGUGAGCACUGCCAGGGAGGCUGCGGGUGGCCCCCCAAAAUACGGCGGCAGAAAACCAUUCACACUCUCGGCUCUGCAUUGAAUGAGCAAAACCAGCAUCAGAAAGACCACCACCAGCGCUGCGCCACUCCAGUCGCCUCCAGUUUCUCACCUUUCAUCGCUCUUCUCGCCCAGCGGUUCCAAAGUGACCCGGUCCUGCCCGCUCGUGAUGCGCAGAUAGUGAAGCACCGCACACGACAGGUACACCACAUCGCCAUCGCCAUCACCGCCACCACUACCACUACCACUUGUCCGUGCAGGUCUCGCGAGGAAGGGCUGCCUGUCUGUCGGGAUGGGCAGCAGGUGAACCACAUGGCGGCGAGGUGGUUUGGCGACGGUUGACUUGCGGACAAUCACCCAUGGCGGGGGCGACACUGGAACGGGCAGCUGUGCGAAGAGUGCUGCCGUGGCGUAUGCCUCGUGGAGGGUAUCCCGCUUGGUCAGCGGGGGCAGCAGCGAAGAUGGCGCAGGGUACCUGACGGCAACCAACAAGCAGAUGAACAGAGCCGUGCUUCCUUGUUGGCGCUGGUCUUACAGGAAUCUUCCAGCAGUCGCCUCCUGCAUGGAGAGGCGUGACGUGGCGUCGUUGAGGUACUCAAGUGGCCGCAAGAUGGUCCAUGGAUCACGUCUUCUUAUGAAUUGCAAAUCGCCAUGCGGGCAUAGCGUGAAGAUGCGGCCCUCUUUGCAGCCUCCGGAAGCGCGAGAGCCCUCCUC